AUGAUAACUUCUUUCUACGAUGAAUCCAAAAUUCUUGCACACAUAUUGAGUGAAAAGAGUAAAGGAAAACCAUUUGAACUUGAAAUAGGCCGCCUUUUCAACCUAGCGUCGAUGGACACUAUUGGGAGAACAGCGCUGGGAGAAGAAUUUAACUCACAAAACCAAGAAAACCAUGAUUUCCAAAAAAGUUAUGAACGUAUAGCAAAAAAAAAACAAGUCGAACUCAAUGAAAAAGCGAAAACUACAACUACAACUCAAAAACCUAUAUCCCUAAUUGAAAUUCUAUUAGCAAGCGAACAACAAAUAUCACCUAAAGAAAUACGGGACGAACUUAUAACCAUUAUUAGUGCGGGACAUGAAACAACUGCAAAAUCAAAUUCAUUAAUUAUAUUUAUGCUGGCUCAUCAUCAAGAUGUUCAAAAAAAUGUAUAUCAAGAAAUAAAUUCAAUAUUUUCGGCUGGCGAUUUCAACCGAUCACCUACACACGAUGAUUUACAGAAAAUGGAAUACUUAGAACGUGUAAUUAAGGAAACCAUGCGACUUUAUCCAACUGUACCCCUAAUUACCAGAAAAGUAGAAAACGAAAUGAUGAUUAGGAAAUAUGUUAUCCCGACAGACGCAAAUAUUCUGAUUUGUAUUCAAUGUUUGCAUUUAAAUCCCAAGUACUAUAAGGAUCCAGAACAAUUUAAUCCUGACAACUUCUUACCUAACGUGUGUCGCCGUCGUCAUCCUUUUGCGUACAUUCCUUUUAGUAGUGGCUCAAGGAACUGUGUUGGAAUGAAAUACGCAAUGCUUCAAAUGAAGACUGCGAUAUCUACUCUUUUGAUAAUCGAUCAACUAGAGAACAGCGAUAGUUACACGGCUGACCUCACAUGUUCAAAUGCAUUGCAUUCAAUAAAGGCUUAA